AAUUUGGUACAUAAUUUGCUAUGUUGAACCACAUAUAAUGAGCUUGUUUCCAUCAAAUGUUCCAUCAAUUGAUGUGUCGCAAGCUUCAUCAAGCCCCAUGCCUGGGCAAAUCAAACCAAGUGAUUGAUUCUACGUUAUUUCGUCCAAUGUCGUGUCAUCAAGCUUGUGGAACUUCAACUGCCAAGGUGAGGUCAGUUUACUUGGCUUACGGAAGUAGCCACUGACCUUUGCCUUGGCUACUGCAAGUAAAGCUUGAAAGUAAAGUUUGACAUGCUAUCCAUCGUGCGAAGUCAAAAGGAUUUAAGUUCAUUAUAUUCGUCGGGCAAUAACCUUUCGAAAUCUAACGUCGGACAGUUUACUAUCAUCAAAUCUUCAUCUUCUACACCUACAUAUGUUCUACAACGCCACCUAUAGCACCUAGGUACACUAGCCUCAUUUCUAAACUCCCAAAAAGAACUCCUAAAGUGAUGACGUAGGGACAUCAUCGCCACUAUGACUACGGCCACCAUGAAGCUCGCCGUCUUUUCAGCCAAACCCUACGACAAGAAGUACCUCACGAGUACCCGUUCCACGGAGCUCGACGGAGCUACCGACGUCGAGAUCGUCUAUCACGAAUUUUCCCUGUCUCUCGAAACCGUGUCCCUGGCCAGGGGCGCCUCCGCCAUCUGCGUGUUCGUGAACGACGACCUCGGCGCCGAAGUCCUCGAGUCGCUACACGCGAGUGGGGUCCGCGCUAUCCUCCUACGGUGCGCCGGGUACAACAACGUCGAUUUGCAGGCUGCUCAACGCCUCUCCCUCUUCGUCGCCAACGUCCCUUCGUAUUCCCCCGAGGCCGUUGCUGAGUUUGCCGUGGCACAGAUUCAAACCCUAAAUCGGAAUACCCACCGUGCCUAUAACCGUGUUCGUGAAGGUAACUUUAGCCUCCAAGGUCUUUUAGGACGCACUUUGAAUGGCAAGACGGUCGGUAUAAUCGGCACGGGACGUAUCGGGGUCGCCUUCGCGCGCAUCAUGAAUGGCUUCGGAUGCCGACUUCUAGCUUUUGAUCUCUACGAGAACGACGACUUCAAGAAGUACGGCACAUACACCGACCUGGACGCCGUCCUCUCCGAGAGCGACUUCGUCAGCUUGCACUGCCCGCUGACGGACAAGACGCGGCAAAUCAUAAACGAAGAGUCCCUAUCCAAGAUGAAGGAGGGAGCCAUGUUGGUGAAUACGUCGCGAGGCGGUCUUAUUAAGACGAAAGCCGUCAUCGCGGCCCUCAAGAGCAAACGCUUGGGCGGGCUGGCGUUAGACGUAUAUGAUGGCGAGGGCGCGCUCUUCUACAACGACCACUCGGGCCACAUCAUCGACGACGACGAGCUCAUGCGUCUCACCACCUUCCAUAAUGUACUUGUGUGCGGUCACCAGGCCUUUUUCACCGAGGAGGCGCUGCGCGAGAUUGCUGACGCCACGAUUCGUAACUUGGCCGACUUCGUUCACGGGCGGAAGUGCGAGAACGGACUUAUUCAGGACCACGGAAAGGGCGGGCUGUCUCUGGUUAGGAAGGACUCUGUUCCGAUCCGGAUUUAGAGGUUCUGGGUUCCGAGUCGUAGUUAAGUAGGUGAGAGAUGGGGUAAGAGUAGCAGCAUGCAAUGGCUGUCUGCCGUCGUAUUAAGUGGGGUUACAGAUAUAUGGAUUCCCACGCCACUCAGUCUGAUUAGUUAGAAUACUAUCCAGUCGAUAUCACAUUAUGAAUAUACGAUAGAUAUGAUCUCUGG